AUGGGGGCGGCGCUGGUGCGGCACGGGGGCUGCCUGCUGCUCUGGCUGGCCCUGCUGCUGGGCUGCUGGGCCGAGCUGGGCAGCGGGCUGGAGUUCCCAGGGGCGGAGGGCCAGUGGACCCGCUUCCCCAAGUGGAACGCCUGCUGCGAGAGCGAGAUGAGCUUCAACAUGAAGACGCGCAGCUCCAGCGGGCUGGUGCUCUACUUUGACGAUGAGGGCUUCUGCGACUUCCUGGAGCUCAUCCUCACCCAGGGUGGGCGGCUGCAGCUCAGCUUCUCCAUCUUCUGUGCCGAGCCCGCCACCCUGCUCUCCGACACGGCGGUCAACGACAACCUCUGGCACGCCGUCGUCAUCCGCCGCCACUUCAAGAACACGACGCUGAUCAUCGACCAGGCCGAGGCCAAGUGGGUGGAGGUGAAGUCCAAGCGGCGGGACAUGACUGUCUUCAGCGGCCUCUUCCUAGGGGGGCUCCCGCCAGAGCUGCGGUCGGCCACGCUAAAGCUGACGCUCUCCUCCGUCAAGGACCGGGAGCCCUUCAAGGGCUGGAUAACGGACGUCCGGGUCAACUACACGCAGGCGUCGCCGGUGGAGAGCCAGGAGGUGCGGCUGGACGACGAGCAGAGCCGCCUGUGCGCCAGGGAGGACGUCUGCCUCAACGGGGGCAUCUGCUCGGUGCUCAACGACCAGGCCGUCUGCGACUGCUCCCAAACGGGCUUUCGAGGGAAGGACUGCAGCGAAGGUAAGCAUCCGAGAGAGGGUCCAAGAAAACUGACAAUAAAUGUGGAACUAGGAAGGAUUUUAUUUGAGUCUGGGGGAAAAGGCAGGGGUGGGAAAGGCUUCGAAAUUUGGUUUCCCACGUCAGGAAAAGAAGAAUAUAUUGCGACGUUCAAGGGAUCGGAAUACUUCUGCUAUGAUUUAUCUCAGAAUCCCAUACAGAGUAGCAGUGAUGAAAUAACUCUGUCGUUUAAAACACUUCAGAGGAACGGACUGAUGCUUCACACAGGAAAAUCGGCUGAUUAUGUCAAUCUGGCACUGAAAAAUGGAGCUGUCUCCUUGGUCAUUAAUUUGGGCUCAGGGGCCUUUGAAGCGCUGGUGGAACCUGUGAAUGGGAAAUUUAAUGACAAUGCCUGGCAUGAUGUGAAAGUAACCAGGAAUCUGCGUCAGCACUCAGGCAUUGGACACGCUAUGGUAAACAAACUACAUUGUUCGGUGACAAUAUCAGUGGAUGGAAUUCUGACCACAACGGGAUACACGCAAGAAGACUACACCAUGCUGGGCUCUGAUGACUUUUUCUAUGUUGGAGGCAGUCCUAGCACAGCAGACCUCCCAGGGUCACCAGUCAGUAACAACUUUAUGGGCUGUCUCAAAGAGGUUGUAUAUAAAAAUAACGAUGUCAGGUUGGAGCUAUCUCGACUUGCCAAGCAAGGAGAUCCUAAAAUGAAGAUUCAUGGGGUUGUAGCAUUUAAAUGUGAGAAUGUUGCAACCUUAGAUCCAAUCACAUUUGAAACACCAGAGUCUUUCAUCUCUUUGCCAAAGUGGAAUGCCAAGAAAACAGGCUCAAUAUCAUUUGACUUUCGUACAACUGAGCCAAAUGGCCUGAUUCUUUUCAGUCAUGGAAAACCAAGGCACCAAAAAGAUGCCAAACACCCACAGAUGGUGAAGGUUGACUUUUUUGCCAUUGAGAUGCUUGACGGCCACCUCUACCUGCUGUUAGACAUGGGAUCAGGUACUAUAAAAAUAAAAGCCUUGCAGAAGAAGGUGAAUGAUGGUGAAUGGUACCAUGUGGAUUUUCAACGGGAUGGACGGUCAGGGACCAUAUCUGUGAAUACACUACGUACACCAUAUACUGCACCAGGGGAAAGUGAAAUCCUUGACUUGGAUGAUGACUUGUAUCUUGGAGGCUUACCAGAAAAUAAAGCAGGCCUCGUCUUCCCAACAGAGGUGUGGACAGCACUUCUCAAUUAUGGCUACGUCGGCUGCAUUAGAGAUUUAUUUAUUGAUGGUCAAAGCAAAGAUAUUCGACAGAUGGCUGAAAUCCAAAGUACAGCUGGAGUAAAACCCUCAUGCUCAAGAGAAACGGCAAAACCUUGCCUUAGCAACCCCUGUAAGAACAAUGGCGUAUGCAGGGAUGGGUGGAACAGAUACGUUUGUGAUUGCUCUGGUACAGGGUACCUUGGCAGAUCGUGCGAAAGAGAGGCGACAAUUUUAAGCUAUGAUGGAAGUAUGUUUAUGAAAAUACAACUCCCUGUUGUGAUGCAUACAGAGGCCGAAGAUGUUUCUUUACGGUUCAGGUCUCAGCGAGCUUAUGGCAUUUUAAUGGCCACCACUUCUAGGGAAUCUGCAGAUACCCUUCGUUUAGAGUUGGAUGCAGGACGAGUUAAACUAACGGUCAACCUAGACUGUAUCAGGAUUAACUGUAAUUCCAGCAAAGGUCCAGAAACCCUUUUUGCUGGCUAUAACCUCAAUGAUAAUGAGUGGCACACAGUGCGUGUGGUUCGGCGAGGAAAAAGUUUAAAGUUAAUGGUGGAUGACCAGCAGGCCAUGACAGGUCAAAUGGCUGGUGAUCACACGCGACUGGAAUUCCACAACAUAGAAACAGGAAUAAUAACAGAACGGCGCUACCUGUCUUCUGUGCCUUCUAAUUUUAUUGGGCAUCUACAGAGUCUUACGUUUAAUGGCAUGGCAUACAUUGACUUAUGUAAGAAUGGAGACAUCGAUUAUUGUGAGCUAAACGCAAGAUUUGGAUUCAGGAACAUCAUAGCAGACCCUGUAACCUUUAAAACAAAAGCAAGUUAUGUUGCGUUGGCCACGCUACAAGCGUAUACAUCUAUGCACCUUUUUUUCCAGUUCAAAACAACCUCUCUGGAUGGAUUGAUACUUUAUAACAGUGGCGAUGGAAAUGAUUUCAUUGUGGUUGAAUUAGUAAAAGGGUAUUUACACUAUGUGUUUGACUUGGGAAAUGGUGCAAAUCUCAUCAAAGGAAGUUCGAAUAAACCUCUGAAUGACAACCAGUGGCAUAAUGUGAUGAUAUCAAGGGAUACCAACAAUCUCCACACUGUAAAGAUUGACACUAAAAUCACAACACAGAGCACAGCAGGAGCCAGAAAUUUAGAUCUCAAAAGUGAUUUGUAUAUUGGAGGAGUGGCCAAAGAAAUGUAUAAGUCCUUGCCAAAACUGGUGCACGCAAAAGAGGGUUUCCAAGGCUGUCUUGCAUCAGUUGACUUGAACGGACGGCUCCCUGAUCUCAUCUCAGAUGCUCUCUUCUGCAAUGGGCAAAUAGAAAGAGGAUGUGAAGGCCCCAGCACAACGUGCCAAGAGGAUUCGUGCGCGAACCAGGGAGUGUGCUUACAGCAGUGGGAUGGAUUCAGCUGCGACUGUAGUAUGACAUCCUUUAGCGGGCCAUUAUGCAAUGACCCGGGAACAACAUAUAUCUUUAGCAAAGGUGGUGGACAAAUCACUUACACGUGGCCUCCUAAUGAUCGGCCCAGCACUCGUGCAGACAGACUGGCAAUAGGGUUUAGUACCGUUCAAAAAGAAGCUGUAUUGGUACGAGUGGACAGUUCUACUGGGCUCGGAGAUUAUUUAGAGCUGCAUAUCCACCAGGGAAAAAUUGGAGUUAAAUUUAAUGUUGGAACUGAUGACAUCUCUAUUGAAGAGAUCAACGCAAUCAUUAAUGAUGGAAAAUACCAUGUAGUACGUUUCACAAGAAGUGGUGGCAAUGCCACGUUACAGGUGGACAACUGGCCAGUUAUCGAACGUUACCCAGCAGGAAACAAUGAUAACGAGCGCCUGGCGAUUGCUAGACAGCGAAUUCCAUAUCGACUUGGUCGAGUAGUUGAUGAAUGGCUACUCGACAAAGGGCGUCAGCUCACAAUCUUCAAUAGCCAAGCAACCAUAAAAAUUGGAGGCAAGGAACGUGGCCAUCCUUUCCAAGGCCAGCUCUCUGGUCUUUACUACAAUGGCUUGAAAGUUCUGAAUAUGGCAGCAGAAAAUGAUGCUAACAUCGUGAUAGAAGGAAAUGUGAGACUUGUUGGUGAAGUGCCUUCCUCUAUGACAACCGAGUCCACAGCCACAGCGAUGCAGUCCGAGAUGUCCACGUCAGUCAUGGAAACAACCACCACUUUGGCCACGAGCACCGCUAGAAGAGGAAAGACCCCGACAAAAGAACCUAUUGGUCAGACCACAGAUGACAUCCUGGUGGCCUCGGCUGAAUGUCCUAGCGAUGACGAGGACAUCGAUCCCUGUGAGCCGAGCUCAGCAAAUCCUACCAGGGCAGGAGGAGGAAGGGAGUACCCUGGCUCAUCCGAGGUGAUUCGUGAAUCCAGCAGCACCACAGGCAUGGUGGUUGGGAUCGUGGCAGCAGCGGCGCUGUGUAUCCUCAUUCUCCUGUAUGCUAUGUACAAGUACAGGAAUCGAGAUGAAGGAUCGUAUCACGUAGAUGAGAGUCGAAACUACAUCAGUAACUCAGCACAAUCCAAUGGGGCUGUGAUCAAGGAGAAACAGCCCAACAGCGCUAAAAGUUCCAACAAAAACAAGAAAAAUAAGGAUAAGGAGUACUAUGUCUGA